AUGUUGCUUUUCUUUCCUCCCUCAGAUAAACUAUUAGUUUUUACUGUAGCAACUAAAGAAACAGAUGGCUUUCACCGCUUCAUGCGAACUGCAAAGCACUUCAACUAUACAGUAAAGGUACUUGGAAAAGGUGAAGAGUGGAAAGGUGGCGAGUUAGCUAACUCUAUUGGCGGAGGGCAGAAAGUUCGGCUGCUGAAAGAAGGAAUAGAAAGCUAUGCUGAUCAGGAGGACUUGGUUAUAAUGUUUGUUGAAUGCUAUGAUGUUAUCUUUGCGGGAGGCCCUGAAGAACUGCUAAAGAAAUUUCAGGAAGCUAAUCAUAAAGUAGUGUUUGCAGCAGAUGGACUGAUUUGGCCAGAUAAAAGGCUAGCUGACAAAUAUCCUUUUGUCCGGAGUGGAAAACGAUUCCUGAACUCAGGAGGAUUUAUUGGUUAUGCUCCAUAUAUAAAUCGUAUUGUACAGCAGUGGAACCUGCAGGAUAAUGAUGAUGACCAGCUGUUUUACACCAAAAUCUAUGUUGACCCAUUGGCAAGGGAACGCCUUAACAUUACUUUGGAUCACAAAUGUGCAAUUUUCCAGACCCUAAACGGAGCUGUAGAUGAAGUUCUUCUGAAAUUUGAAGAAGGAAAAGUAAGAGCUAGGAAUUCUGUGUAUGAGACAUUGCCAGUCACUAUUCAUGGAAAUGGUCCAACUAAAAUUCACUUGAAUUAUUUGGGAAAUUAUAUCCCCAAUGCUUGGACACGGGAAACUGGAUGCAGUAUUUGUGAUUUAGACUUGCUAGACCUAUCAACAGUAACGGAAUAUCCAAGGGUAAAAAUUGGUGUUUUCAUUGAACAACCCACUCCUUUCCUACCUAAAUUUUUAGACAGACUGUUAACUCUGGACUACCCAAUGGAGGCACUCAGUAUCUUCAUUCAUAAUAAUGAGGUUUACCAUGAAAAACACAUCAAGAAAUUCUGGGAAAAAGCCAAGAACAUUAUCAGAAAUAUAAAAAUUGUUGGACCUGAAGAAAAUCUGAGUCAAGCAGAAGCCAGGAACAUGGGAAUGGACCUUUGUCGCCAGGAUAAAGCAUGCGAAUAUUACUUCAGCAUAGAUGCAGAUGUUGUACUGACAAACUCAAAGACUUUAAAAAUACUGGUAGAACAGAACAGAAAGAUAAUUGCUCCACUUGUAACGCGGCAUGGGAAACUUUGGUCCAAUUUCUGGGGUGCUUUGAGCCCAGAUGGCUACUAUGCUCGAUCAGAGGACUAUGUUGAUAUUGUCCAAGGGAACAGAGUAGGAGUUUGGAAUAUUCCCUAUAUGGCUAAUAUAUAUUUAAUUAAGGGACAAACUCUCAGAUCAGAGAUGAAAGAGAAAAACUACUUUAUACGUGAUAAGUUGGAUCCUGAUAUGGCUCUCUGAAAUGCCAGGGAAAUGACUUUACAAAGGGAAAAAGACUCCCCUUCUUCGGAAACAUUCCAUAUGCUCAGACCCCCAAAGGGUGUUUUCAUGUACAUUACCAACAGACAUGAAUUUGGAAGACUUAUUUCUACAGCCAAUUACAAUACCUCCCAUUACAACAACGACCUCUGGCAGAUAUUUGAAAAUCCUGUGGACUGGAAGGAAACGUAUAUAAAUCCCAACUACUCCAAGAUCUUCACUGAUAAUAUAGUAGAACAGCCAUGUCCAGAUGUGUUUUGGUUUCCCAUAUUUUCCGAGACUGCCUGUGAUGAACUGGUAGAAGAAAUGGAACAUUUUGGACAAUGGUCUGGUGGAAAACACCAAGACAGCCGUAUUUCUGGAGGUUAUGAAAAUGUCCCAACUGAUGAUAUUCAUAUGAAGCAAAUCGGGCUGGAUAAUGAAUGGCUACAUUUCAUAAGAGAGUUUAUUGCCCCCGUAACACUAAAAGUCUUUGCUGGCUAUUACACAAAGGGGUAUGCUUUACUGAAUUUUGUUGUAAAAUAUAGCCCUGACAGACAACGUUCACUCAGACCUCAUCAUGACUCCUCUACGUUCACAAUCAACAUUGCUCUCAACAAAGUAGGAGAGGACUUUCAAGGAGGUGGAUGCAAAUUUCUUAGGUACAACUGUUCCAUUGAGUCUCCCAGGAAAGGAUGGAGUUUCAUGCACCCCGGAAGACUGACUCAUUUACAUGAAGGACUUCCUAUCUUAAAUGGCACAAGAUACAUUGCAGUAUCAUUUAUUGAUCCUUAAUUUUAUAUUUUGCCCUCUUCAGUGCCAGUGUUUGAUUCUUUACAUAAACAUUUAUUUAUAGUUUUCUUCCAGAAGAUGGUGAUAAAAGAAACUUUAAGUAACUGCUCCUAGACAGCAAGAUUACUUUGGGCUAAAAGAAUGGGACGUUGGGGCCGGGGGGGGGAGGAAAAAUACUUUUGACUUGUUGGAGAUUUCUCAAUAUCUGCUCUGAGCCUUGAGUCACAAAGUAAACAUGUCCUGCUUAUUUUUCCAUUCUGCUGUCUCAAAGAAUGGGUAAGGAGGAAAAAGCAUUUUAUAAUAAAUCGAUUUCUUUGCUGCAAGAAAAUUUUAGACACAAAAUUAUUUGGAAAGUUUAUUGUGGUUUUUAUCAGUAAAGUGACACAGCUACAGUUGUGGGGUGUGUAUCUUUGGUAACAGCCAUUAAAAAAACCACAAAGUAAGAAAACUAUCAAGUGAAUUUCAUGUACAGUUGUUGGGGUUAAGCAAUAAUUCCAUUGCUGGAAUAUACUUAAUGGGACAUCUCAGUAGCCUUUCUCCUUAAUUCAUUUUCCGUUCCAAAAUGUACAACUUCAGAAGAAAAAUGAAUUAAUUACAGAGAUAGAUUAAUGAUUAAAUGAUUUAGCUAAGCAAAGAAUGGUUUUAUCAUUUGUUUUAAGAACUCAUCCUGUUAAAAAUUUACUUUUCUUCACCAAGUGUCCUUCAUUUUAAAUGAGUAAUUUUUCUAAAUGUGUAAUUGCACCUAAUUGAUACUGGAAAUCUGACAUUUAUUUUCAGAACACUGGUAAAUUUUAAUAUCAGGAUGUUUUAUAAAGCCAAUUUUCUACUCUUAUUUAAAAUUACUUGAAUUUUGUAUCAGGAAAAUGAAAUUGUGGAAGUCUCCCUUUUAAAGCUAAGGGUUUUGCCUUGUGGUUUAUUUUAAAGAAAUCCGUUUAAAAUAUUCCUACUGUAUCUACUGUUUGUAAUUUAAAGAAACUUGAAGCAAACUAGCUCAAAAGCAACCGUGCCAAAAUGCACAAUGUAUUGGAAAAACUUGUGAAAAAUAAAGGGUAAUUUUAAAUUAC